AUGGGCCGGUACGACGACGUCCUCGCCCUGCUGGCGACCGACAGCACCCGCGCGAUCGCUCUCCUGCGCGGCGUCGCGCGCCAGGCGCAUGCAGCCGACGAGGUCGUCAUGGGCUACGCGCUCCAGGCGCGCAACGACGCCCUCUGCUUUGAGCUGCUCCAAGGCGACGACGGGCGCAUCUUCGACGCCCUGCGCAUCGCCGGCGACUUUGACAUUGCGCUAUCGCGGUCCGUACACCCCAAGGUGGUUGCUUUUCCGUCGUCUGCGAUCCCUGGUAUCGUGCUGCAUGGCGUGGCGGCCGCCAAGGUGCGCAUGAUGCGCGGCCGCGACGUCGAUGGUGUGCGCCUCCUCUUCUGGCCCAAGGCGCACCGCGCACGCCUCGUGGGGCUACCUACGUCCGUGCAGUGGCUGGUCCGCGCCGUCGACGACCCACGCCACCGCGUCGCGACACUGGCCCUUCUCGGGGCCUCGGACGUCGCCACAGUUGCCGCCGAGAUCUUUGCAAAGUUUCGCGAUCGCGAUGCCAGCCCGCUGCAUUUACUGACAAGCGGCCAGCGCCUCCAGCUCUACGUAGCCUCAACGUGGGUCUCUGCCUUUCCCGCGAUCGCCGCAGCGCUACUCGCGUCGUCGGAGCCGCAGCUGGCUUGUCUUUUCCUCGAAACGUACUUGACGCUGCAGUCGGACGUGGCACUUUCGACCGCCAGCACCUGGAUCCAUGCGGUCUUGACCAAGUUUGGCUGGGAACACUUCGUAUCGGCGUUGCAGUCGCUGCUCCGUCGCUGGAGUCCGACGCACCUCGAACACGCCUUUCAGCUCGUCGCGAGUCUCGCCGGCGUAGACCCGACGCCGGUCUGCUCCCGGCUCGCCGCGCCCUUUCUCGGCGAGCUCGUACGCGCUAGCUACGACGUCUUGCAUGCGCAGCUUGUACUGCGCCUGCACACGCCCAUCACGGCGUACGCGGAGGCGACGUCGCUCUUGACGCGGAGCCUCCUACUGGAGCAGUACGUUGACGUCACGAGGUUCGAGGUCGUGGCAGGGACGUGGCUCUACGACCGACUACCGACGGCUCUGCUGCUUGAGAUCGCUGCAUUUGGCGCGACCGACGUGUGCAAAAUUGCGACUCUGGUGGCACGGCACCCGGCGUCGUUUCCGCCGAUCGCCGUCGUGGCACCGGCCGUGUGGGCGGUGCGCAACGUCAACGUCAAUCUCAACGUCAGCGUCAACCUCAAUCUCGGGUCGCUCGUGCCCGAUGUAGCGCGCACCGGCCCAUCCGCAGCGUUCGACAACGCCGCAUGGGGCAGCGUUCUGCUUGUGGACGUCAUGACGGCUACGCUCCUGGCAGCGAGAUGCGACACGAUCGGAUGGAGCCCGGCCUUUCUCGAGGCGUGCUACGUCCACGCCGGCCUUGCUCUGCUUCCCGCCCUUGUCGCUGUGCUAUCGGCGCAUCCAUCACUGGGCGCAACGACCAAUGUCGUUGCGAUCCUCCAGCGCGCGCCCGAGGUCCUUCGCCGCGCGACGCCGCCCGAUACCAUCGGCCAUCUCGCUCGCGACGUCCAGCUGCAUCUGCUGCUGACGGUCCUCGAAGGAAUGCCUUCAACCGGUCAGAUCGAUGCGCUGGUGACUAGUCUCUUGCAUGAGCUCGACGGGAUGCCGUGGGCGCUUCACGCAUACCGCGCUGUGAUCUACCGCCUCUUGGCAUCGUUUUCGCAUCUUCUGACGCCGCAUGCCCGGCUUCGGCUUGUCCAAGCGUGCUUGCAAAGCCACGAGGCUGCGCUCCAAGUACCGAGACGGGGGCUGGCCAUGGACGACCUCUACGUGGCGUGCGACUGCGUAGCGUGUACGAGGCUGCACGGUGAGCUCCUGGCGUCCGACAUGCGCUGCUUGCUCAGCAUGUCGGGACCUGUCCCGCGCUGCCUCCGCCAGCUCGUCCUUAACCACAACGACCGUCUGCUUCUCGAGCACGAGUGUGCGACCAGCUAUCGCGUCCGCAAGACGCUGCUGAGCGUUGUGCAAACGGCCAAUGGACCUGACGGCGACCUGCGCCGAGUGGCCGCGCUCCGAGAACUGAAGACCACGACGCUGCAGGCGCUGCAACCACCGGCAAAGCGACGCUGGCUCUGGUUCUUCUAG